AUGUCGCCGUCAUCACGACCUCCUUCUAUUACGACAGGUCGACCCUAUCCUCACGACCAUGCUCCACCGACUCCGAGUGGCCUUCGCCAUAGUCUCACCGCCUCAUCCUCUUCAAUGAGUGAGGAUUCAGAAGGGAUAAAUCCUGCAGGUCCUAGCACGCGUCGCGAUCACUCUCAUGACGACACUAACGAGACUACUUCUCUCCUCCACCACGAACGCGCACAUGAUGGCUCUUGCGAUCACGGCACAUUCUCUCCUCGCGUAUCCAGCCCGCCACCAAGAGCCGGUAAUCUUGAUGGCGAUAUAGGGUCUGUGACGGAUUCGGACGGCUCUGUGCCGUCUGGAGAGACGCAGCUUGUGAACUGGAGAAAGACAUUUUCGAGUAGGGUAAAAAGCAAAAAGAUGACGGAUUCCAGUACCCUGGCACAACAACAUGGCGUUAAGGACUCGUGGGUCAUGUAUUUUUCAUACUAUGUGCCCUUCCUCAUAUGGAUUAAGCAGUAUAAGUGGUCUUGGUUGAAAGGCGAUUUUACGGCCGCUAUCACCAUUGCGUCCAUGUACCUCCCUAUGGCUCUUUCGUACGCCGAUAACCUGGCACAUGUUCCCCCGAUCAAUGGCCUAUAUGCCUUCGCCAUCAACCCCUUCAUAUACGCGCUAUUAGGAAGUUGCCCGCUGAUGGUGGUCGGGCCAGAGGCAGCUGGUUCCUUACUUGUCGGAUCUAUUGUUAAGAAUAGUAUCGAUCAUGGAGGCGACGACGACGACAAUGCCAUUCUACAAGCAAAGGUGGCUGGUGUGGCCGUCGGCAUAGCUGGUGCAACCGUCUUCUUUAUGGGCGUAUUUCGUCUAGGAUUUCUUGAUAGCGUCUUGAGCCGACCAUUCCUACGAGGCUUCAUUUCCGCUAUUGGAGUGGUUAUCUUUAUCGACCAAUUAAUUCCCGUCUUGGGACUUAUCCAUGCAACUAAAGCAGCGCCGGGAGUUACGCAUGGAAGCACCGUGCAGAAGCUCGAGUUUGUACUCACACACCUUAGCGACAGACACAACCUUACUGCUAUUGUCGGCAUUGUGGGGUUUGUUGUCAUUAUGGUAUUGCGGGAGGCCAAGAGGCGCUUGCAACCACGAUACCCAGGAGUAGCAUAUUUCCCCGAUAGACUUAUCGUAGUUGUAUUCUCUGCAGUCAUGGCUUGGCACCUGGGCUGGGAACAAAGUGGUGUUCCAGUGUUGGGCAAAGUCGAAGCAGCAUCCGGUCACGUCUUCACUUUUCAUAACCCUUUCCAACUAGCGCAUAUGUCCCACAUACGAGAGGCUAUGGGCACGUCCUUCUUGAUCGGCAUGCUUGGUUUCUUUGAGUCUUCGGUUGCAGCCAAGAGUCUAGGAGGCGAAGAAAUCGUCGAAGGGAUGCAGUUGAGUCCUAAUCGAGAACUCGUGGCUCUCGGAGCAGCUAACCUCGUCGGUGCGUGCUUUAUGGCCAUCCCGGCAUUUGGAGGCUACGGUCGAAGCAAGGUCAAUAAGAGUACAGGCGGGAAGAGUCCCAUGAGCUCCCUUAUACUCAGCGUUCUUACUGUAAUAUGUAUCCUAUUCCUCUUACCGUGGUUCUAUUACCUUCCUAAACCCGUCCUAUCUGCUCUGAUCAUGGCAGUUGCCUGGUCUUUAAUCGAAGAAGCGCCGCAUGACAUAUCGUUUUUCCUACGAAUCAAGGGCUGGACUGAGCUUGCCCUCAUGGCUGUCAUCCUAGCCGUCACGGUCUUCUUCUCUCUCAAUUUAGGCAUUGCGAUUGGCAUUGGCCUAUCGCUUUUGCAAGUCAUUCGUCACGCAACACGCCCUCGUAUACAAAUUUUGGGCAGGGUACCUAACAGUGAUCGCUUCGCUAACGCCGAAGAGCACCCCCAGGAUCUCGAGUUUGUAGAGGGAUGUUUGAUUGUAAAAAUUCCCGAGCCCUUGACAUUUGCAAAUACAGGUGAAUUAAAGAAUAGACUACGACGGCUCGAGCUGUACGGUACGGGAAAUGCACAUCCAGCGUUGCCGCGUCUUCGUCCACAGGCCAGUAACAAAAAUGUCAUCUUUGAUAUACACGGAGUCACCUCAAUGGAUGGUUCUGGCACUCAGGUAUUAGAGGAGAUAGUACGCAAUUAUCGAGACCGGGGCGUUAGGGUGUUUUUCAGCCGACCCGUCAGCCGACAGAACGAAGUGUGGCAAUUGAUGGAACGAAGCGGAAUUGUUGAACUCGUAGGUGGCAGACACCGCUUCGUUGACGACGUAGGAGAAGCCAUACGCAUGACGGAAGUAGAGGAUUUAGAAGAAACAGGCGCUUGCGCGGCUGCGAGUGAUAUUCUCUCUUAG